UAAUGUCUUGGCAUAUAUUUAAAAUAGUAAAGUUUAUCAGAACAAACAAACUUUACACAACCAGAUGUAAUAUGUUGAAUAUUAGAAGAGGAUGGAAGGUAAUAGCCGUGCCCGACUGGACGCAAAGGCUGAUUGCCAUGCCACCCUGGAGAAUCCAGCAGAUUAAAACAAGCACAGAUGAUUGACAUGAUGCCUAAGGUAGUAGCAGCCAUUUGAUACUUAAUAGUUAUCAAUAAAUUCAUUAUCGAUAAAUUUCCUUGAUCUUUUUGUCUAGACAAGCUUGGAGCGAUGUUCGUGUGCCUCAUUUUGGAUUGGAUUAUAAUAUCAUCGGGGAAUUUCUUCUUCCUGUCCUUGCCAACUUUGAUUGACUUCUUUAUGGCCACUAGGUUUGUCCUUCAGAGUCCAGAUACAAACCUUACCAAAGUCCAGACAUGAAUAGACAUGCAGUAGUACCAUUGGUAUGGUGAAGUUCCCAGACCAAAGUGAUAGGUUUUAUAUUGCACCUUGGACAAAAAACAUAAUAGAAGUAUCAUAAUAGUAGUAUCUCUCCUCUCUUCUCACUGGUUUGCUUUGGUUAGUACAACAAACUACACGUGUUUUUGGAAGUGCUUCUCAGAUUUGUUUAUGCCUAAACUUGGCUUCUUUUCGAGGGAUGCAUACCAUAUGCUUACUGAGAUGCAUAUGGUUUCCCCUUUAGACAUGUAUGUUCUUCCAUUGUUCUGGGAUAUUCAAGUUUGAUGCUGCCAUUUUAAAUACUCCCUCCAUCCUAAAAAAUUGUCGGAUCACUGAUACAUUCACAUUUUACAGUUAAAUCACUUGGAUCAUUACCGCAUAGCUAACUGAAUCAAACUACUUAGAAAUCAUAGAGAACAUAUAUAUAUUGCUACUGUUUUAACAAGUGCACAUGCGCCUAUCCCUGAAAAUGCAAUGAGCACUUAUCCUGAACUGAGGAAAGAUUGGUAAUUGCUCUGUAUAAAUGCCUUGCUGCUUGGUUGUCUGGAUAAGGGAAUAAUUUUGGCCAUGUUAUUAUUUGGCCAGGGAGUAAAGCUGUACAUGAGUUUUUUUUUUUUUUGUCGACUAACUAACUGCACUUGAGAUUCUUUUGUAAGUAGAGCUGUACAGAGAGUAACCCUGGGAGUGCUGCAGAGCAGGUUUUCUACUGUUAGUGUAAACCAAUAUUUUUGAAUGCAACUGAACACAAUAUCUUCUAUACUCUGUCCUUAUUCUCUUUUCCCAAGAAAAACACCAUGCCCUAUUUUCUCUAGAGUUUAUGCCUGAGAAGUGAUAACUAAUGCCUAAUACAUAUAGAGUUCAGGUUAAUCGCUUUUUGUUUGAUGUGCUGGUAUUAGUUGUUGUCUAGGUAGUCAUGUGAGAGUUUCUUCCAUUUGAGUACAUGUAGGAAGGGGAGCAUUCAACAUUUUUUUCUCCACACCCAUACAUUAAACUUCUGGUCCCAAGAACUUUUGUCAAAACAACUAAAGUUUCGUUCCCUACAAAAUGCUCUGUUUAAUAGAAUACCUUAUUUAGCAUCUGUUGCAUUCCUGCUCUCUAGAAAUAACCAAAUUCUUUAACAACAGUAUGUAUACAACUGAAAUAGAAAUCAGUAGCAGUUCUUCAAAUAUUGUGGCAUGCAAUGUGUAUGAUUAAUGUUAUUAAUAUUGUCUUUAUGUCCCAUUUAUAAAAAGCAAAUAUGCCCUAAAUCAUGUAAGGACCUUUUGGUUCCCACACAAACUAGAUAUCAUGCCUUAUGUAAAGUGCAAAGAAGAGAUAUUUUCACAGGUAUUGAUAUGAUCUAAUAAUUUUUGAAAAGACACCUUUACCUGCUAUGCAGAUCUACCAAUUGCAUGGAGGCAUUUCCUAGAGAAAAAUCUUUGACGAGCCAACAUGAAUGGAGGGCAUUCGGCAGCAGAACCCACUACAAGAUAAUCAUUGCGUGCUCUCCAAAUACACCAGAGCAAGGGUUCGACUCUACGAUGCGUCAAGGGAACAUAAAUCAUCAUGCUGUACCCCUCCGGCAGCAGUGGGUGGACUUCCGCCAAGGCCGACCCAUUCUUUGCAUCAUGUGGUAUGAGGGCAGUGACAUGGGACGAGGCAUUGGAGCUGUACCGAGGACAUAGGAUGUUGCAUGUGUGUGUGUGUGGCCCUACUAGGUACGAAGCUAAUUAUCUGAAUCCCUUGUGCAUAUAAAACUGCAGGUGCUUCUUUACUUAAGCAUGGUCAUUGAACUACUAUAGUUUUAAGCAUGGCCAGCUUACUGUUCAGUAUAUAUAUUCACUAUUACUCUGUAUGACUGUAUGUUCACAAUGGUGGGAAACUCUGUCUAUUUUUUUAAAGAAAA